GUAAUUUUUUUAUUCAAAAUUAUGUGCUUGAGCAUCUUUAGGCCCAAGUUGUAUGGCGGUAGUUGCAACGCUACCUACUAUUAUUUUUGUAUUUUUUUAGCUGUCAUUGUAAUGUCAAAAACCACGUGGACCAUGGUAUGUCAGUGUCGACAAACGAAUGUUAAAAUUUUUGGGAUUUAAUUUCAUUUGCCACUUUACUAUUGGUGUAAGUGAAAUAUAUUAAAAGAUUAUGGCGGCGCUUCCACAAAAGAAGUAUUACAGGCAACGCGCCCAUUCUAACCCAAUAGCUGAUCAUUGUUUUGAAUAUCCUGCUCAUCCAGACGAAUAUGACUGGUCCACGUUAUAUCCAAUAGAAAACGACACAGUUUCUAAAUCUGUAGAUUUUUUAGAUGUGGGUUGUGGUUAUGGAGGACUUUUGGUCACUUUAUCCCCAAUGUUCCCAAAAAACUUAAUACUCGGUCUGGAGAUUCGUGUAAAGGUGUCGGAUUACGUCAAUGACAGGAUCAAUGCUCUUCGUGUUCAGAAUCCAGAUCAGUAUCAGAAUAUUGCUGUACUAAGGACUAAUGCUAUGAAAUAUUUACCCAAUUUCUUUCACAAGGGACAGCUUAAGAGAAUGUUCUUCUUGUAUCCAGAUCCACAUUUCAAGAAGGCUAAGCAUAAGUGGAGAAUAAUUAACAAGUGGCUGCUUUCAGAAUAUGCUUAUGUACUUGCAGAACAGGCUAUUGUGUACACAAUCACAGAUGUCAAAGAUUUAAAUGAAUGGAUGGUUACACAUUUUGAAGAACACCCCUUAUUUGAAAGAAUUCCUGAAGAAGUUUUGAAAACAGAUCCAAUUGUAGAAAAACUUUAUGAAAGCACUGAGGAAGGGCAAAAGGUAACAAGGAACAAUGGAGACAAAUAUUUAGCUGUGUUCAGAAGAAUUCCAGAUAAUUAUAAUGAAAACAUAGUAAUAGUCUGAAAUGUGUUGUACUGAGUUCAUUUUGAAUCACUAUUCAAUACAUAAAGCAUAAAACAAAUCAUACUUUGAAAUAA